AUGCAUCGGCUUCGCGCGUUGUCACUGCUGGCGUUUACAGGGGCCUUGUCACUGGCGGUGGAGGGUGCAGUCACCAAUACAUGUACAGCAGCCGCCAUCCCAUAUCCCGAACUAUUUGGCGCUGAUAUCAUUUCCCUCUCUGCGUCUACUGUCACGAACCUCUCGGCCUCUCUCAUCCAGGCGGAUUCGCACUUCCCACUCAAUAUUACCGGACUCAACUUUUGUAAUGUUACUGUGCAAUACACGCAUCCUGGGCAGAACGAUAGCAUCAACGUUCAGCUCUGGCUUCCGCUUGAAGGCUGGAACGGACGUUUCAUGGGCACGGGCGGCGGUGCAUAUGCCACUGAAACUGGAUUCCAAUCCUUACCCUAUGCAGUGUCAAUGGGAUAUUCGGCUGUUGCCACUGACGGUGGUCAUGCAUCUGGGGUGUAUUAUGAUCCUUCUUCAUGGGCUCUCGUAAGUCCAGGCAAUGUCAACUGGGCUCUCUUGCAGGACUUUGCCGCAAUCGCACUGGAUGACGCGGCUACCAUUGGGAAAGCCGUCACAACCGCCUACUACGGUUCACCGCCAGAGUAUUCCUAUUGGAAUGGUUGCUCCACAGGAGGCCGUCAAGGCCUCAUGAUGGCGCAAAGAUACCCCUCACAGUAUGAUGGGAUUCUCGCCGCAGCACCAGCAAUCCAGUGGACAAGUGGCAUUGUUGCCGAAUAUUGGCCUCAACUGGUGAUGAAUCAAAUAGGUGUUUAUCCGCCACAAUGCGAAUUCGAAGCAAUUAGGGAAGCUGCGACGGCGGCGUGUGAUGAGCUAGAUGGAGUCGCUGACGGCAUCAUUGCGGCUCCGGGUCUGUGUGCCUUCGAUCCACGCGCUGUGGUAGGCCAGGCUUUCACCUGCCCCGGUAGCGGUACCAACGAGACGAUUUCUUCUGAAGCCGCCACAAUUGCGCUUGCAGCAUGGAGUGGACCGAGAACCACUGACGGCAGAUUCUUGUGGCAUGGCCUGAACAGGGACGCGUCGUUUGCAGGCUUGGCCAAUACCAGUUGUAGCUCGCCUGGAAAUUGCACUGGACAGCCAUUUCCCCUCAGCAGCUCUUGGAUCACAUAUUUCGUUCAGAAGGAUCCCACUUUCGACGUUAUGCAGAUGUCAUAUAGGCAAUAUGACAGCAUAUUCCGCCAAUCUAACAACCAAUACGCAUCCAUUAUCGGAACGAGCGAUCCUGAUCUGACGGACUUCAGAGAAGCCGGUGGGAAGAUGAUCAACUGGCAUGGCCUGGCGGAUGAGAUAAUUUUACCAAAUGGCACGUAUGAUUAUUAUCAGCGAGUUCUGGAUCUUGACCCCAACGCGGCAGAUUACUAUCGCUUCUUUCCCGCUCCUGGGGUGGCUCACUGUGCUGGUGGAGCUGGCUACUUCCCGGACAAUGUACUCCAAUCCUUGGUCGAUUGGGUAGAGAACGACAUUGUGCCUGAGACGUUAAGUGGGACGACCUUGCCAGAUACCAAUGGUACAGUACGACGGGCACCGUUAUGUCCGUAUCCACUCGUUGCGGCAUACAACGGUGGCGAUAUCAACGUGGCUUCUUCUUUUGAAUGUCAGACAUCUUUUUGA